GCUCUCUCUCUCUCUCUAUCGCGCUGUUUGGCAUUGCCCAAGAACGAAGCGCGAUAGAGGGUAAAACAAAAUUAUUAUUAUAUGAAUCUCGUGUUAUAUGGGGCAGUUCAACGUUGACGCGGUUUCUUUUAUUCAUUAUUCAUCAGCUCCGAUUUGUUAAUGAAGUAGGGAUUAUUUGGUAAUGGCAGUCGCGCUCUGAUCAUUUUACCUCUUUGACUUUCUCUUCUUCCAUUCUAGGGUUAGGGUUUUUCCACCCUACACGUCUUCGAUUUCCUCUACUUCUUCCUUUUAAUUCCGGUGGUCCUCGACGGAGCCUCGUUUUCGAAGGUGAUACGCUGGAUGGUUAGGGUUCGGGCAUCGAAUUUGACGACGCAAAUGGAGGCGUCCGGUGGUAAUUCUGAGGCGCACAGGAGUUCUUCGCCAAUGAAUAGUGGUCAUUCUAGAAGAUAUGGGAUCUUGUCUGCUUCCAACAUCAUUCAGGCUCCGAUUUCCGCGUUGUUAGAAUAUUCCGGUCUUCUACGGACGGCCAGGUCGUCUCAUCAAGAAUCGGAGUCCUUAAUAAACCAAAUCCAUAACAAUCGAGCUGAUGACUCUGGUAACGCCUCACCAGUGGCUGCCAACAAUGGCGAGGUUGCAAUUAGGAUCAUUGGCGCUGGUGAGAAUGAGAACGAUAGGGACAGGUCCGGGCUGGUUGUUGGGCAAGAUAGGGAUCAAACAGACGUGUCUCUUCGGCCAAUCGCGUCAAAUAUACAGCUGGAAGGGAUGGGAGAUAAUAGGAGUGAUCGUGAGGCUGGUGAUGGAGUUUCACAACCGGGGAGUGCCAGUGGUGAUGGGGAAGCUGCUGGUGAAGGGGUUGGGGCAAAUGGCAGGGAUUCGUCAUACCAGAGAUACGAUAUUCAGCAAGCUGCAAGAUGCAUUGAGCAAGUACUACCAUUCUCUUUACUUCUCUUGGUUGUGUUCAUUCGCCAGCAUUUGCAAGAACUUGCAGGGUUCUUCAUUACAAUUUGGAUUGCUGCAGUCCUCUUCAAGUCAAAUGACAUUUUACGGAAACAAACUGCUUUGAAGGGAGAAAGAAAGAUUUAUGUUCUUAUUGGAAUUUCUCUUGCAUUCGCGGUUCAUGUUGUUUGCGUUUACUGGUGGUAUCAGAAUGACGAUCUUUUGUAUCCAUUGGUCAUGCUUCCUCCCAGAUCCAUCCCACCUUUUUGGCAUGCUAUUUUCAUUAUUGUCGUAAACGAUACCUUGGUGCGCCAGGCAGCAAUGAUGCUCAAGUGCAUUUUAUUGAUUUAUUACAAGAACCGUAGGGGCAGAAACUACCGUAGGCAGGGCCAAAUCUUAACUUUGGUUGAGUAUCUGAUGUUGCUGUACCGAGCCUUAUUGCCAACACCAGUCUGGUACCGUUUCUUCUUGAAUAAAGACUACGGCAGCCUUUUCUCUUCUUUAAUGACUGGGUUAUAUUUGACUUUCAAGCUGACUUCUGUUGUUGAGAAGGUGCAAUCUUUCUUUACUGCUCUUAAAGCACUUUCCCAUAAAGAGGUGCAUUACGGAGCUUAUGCAACAACAGAGCAGGUGAACGCAGCUGGAGAUUUGUGUGCUAUAUGUCAGGAGAAGAUGCUUGUUCCUGUCCUGCUUCGUUGUAAACAUAUCUUUUGUGAAGAUUGUGUAUCAGAAUGGUUUGAACGAGAGAGGACAUGCCCCCUGUGCAGGGCCUUGGUCAAACCGGCUGAUCUCAGGUCAUUUAGUGAUGGAUCAACCAGUUUGUUUUUCCAGAUAUUCUAAAGUCUACUCUAAAGAAAACACGGACUUUUAACUGCUUUGAACCACUUAAAGCACUUGUUCAGAGCGCCUUAUUGAUGAUCACUCCAUCUGCACAGGUAUAUUUGACUGGAUUUUUUUUCUUCCACCUUGUUUAUUAUAUACAAAAUCAAAGACAGUCAAAUUGGAAUUGACUAGAUGAGGCCAAACUUUCUGCUUGUAUGUUGUAUUGGGAAAGGUUUAAUGUAUCUAAUGAGGCCCUUAAGAUGCAAUGGAGCUUCUUCAACAAUACACAUCUAUGUUAAUUUGGUCAUAGUGUUUUCUUUCCAAUAUAAUUGUGAAAUUAUA